AUGGAUACUAUGGGUUCACCACGAAGACAAACAUCUCAAGGAAAACGUCGAAUCGCCGAUGAGAAUGCAAACCCCAAUACACCCAAGAAACUCCAAAAAUCUGUCCCCAAGAAAUUGAAGACAUCCAUGAGCCGAACUAGUCUGAUACGCCACCAUCAAGUUUUGAAAGAAAAGAACUUGAAUGUCCCAGAGGAUAUGAUUCCAACUGAGCAUCUGCAAGAUGUUAGCCCCAAGAACUUGAAUGUGCUAGAGGAGAAAACUUCGACUGAUCCAUUUGGAGAUGUUAGUCCAGAUGAGCAUCAAUUAAGAUUGACUCCCUUCACAUUUGAAAAUAUUGAUUCCCAGUUGAAUGAUCUUCAGAUGGCUGUGUUGGAUAUGUGCAGCCGACGAGUUCUCAUGGGAAAUAUGGCCAUGUUCGAUGUGGUAUCGAAGCUGAAAAAAGAAAUAGUAUCAGCUAAGAAAAAGUGCGACAAGGCAAACGCUAAAGCAAUCGAGGAGCAAAUAUCCAAAUUACCUACUGCUCAACAAGAAGCACUAGGAAAUCAUGCCUUAGUAUUCAUGUUCCAACUAUUCCGAGGACAGUGGGUACAAGCACUGGCUUGUUUCCUGAGUAAGGGCUGCGCCAACAGUAAUACACUGGAAUGUCUCAUCCUAGAAUGCCUCAUGCUUAUGGAAAAAAGGGGAUUUCUGUGCGACGUGAUUAUUAUGGAUGGUGCAAGUUAGAAUCGGAGCACCUGGAAAAAAUUUGGAGUAGAAGGAGAUAAAAUGUCUUGCAAAAAUCCAUAUGAGCCUACAAGGAAACUGUGGUGUUGUUCCGACUUUCCGCACAUGAUCAAGAAUUUACGUAAUUGUAUCAUCAAAGAACCUGAAAUAUGGACACCUGACGGAGUCGUGAACAUGAAACACUGACAAGCAGUCCUAGAUGCUCAGCAGGAUAGUUUUUAUGGGUUGCAAAUCGCAUAUAAAAUGACAGCUCAUCAUUUGAAACCUCAAUAUUAUCAGAAAAUGAAUGUUUCUUCGGCUAUCCAGUUGUUCGAUCAGCGUGUAGCUGCUGCUAUGCAAACCCUUCAGGGAGUUAACCAUGCUCUAGACGAUGCAGAACCAACAAUAAAAUUCAUUAGAAGAAUGAGUAAGCUCAUAAGAAAUGGGAAAGACAAGCUCAAGAAAAUGGACAUCGUUUUCUGCCUGCCAGUACUAGUUACGGUUUGA